UCUCGUUUCGAUAUCUCAUUAAUCGAUAAAUCGAAAAUGUACCAGUUAGAGAUUUUCAAGUUGCUUGUUAUAACGUGCUUUGAUAUUAAGCUUGCAAACAUCUUUUGCAUUUUCGGAUUUUUAAUUCAAGAGUGUAAUUAAUCUGAUAAGUUUACACUGUCACUAUAAUUGAUCAUUCUGAUAUCACUGCUUUAUUAUUCCUAAAGAAUAAGCAACAGUAAAUCAUCUAAAAACCAUAGAAGAUAAUGGAUUACUACGACAAAAAUUAUUCUAAGGAACACCCUCGGAAUUUAAUACCUCAGUUAUGCAGGCAAUUUUAUGAUUUACAAUGGGUUACUGGUACAGGUGGUGGAAUCUCAAUAAAACAUGAAAACAAGAUUUAUAUUGCACCAUCAGGUGUACAAAAGGAAAGAAUGUGCCCGGAUGAAAUUUUUGUUCAAAAUAUGGAAGGACAGGAUUUGGAACUACCACCAGUUGAGAAAAAAUUAAAGAAAUCACAAUGCACUCCUCUUUUUAUGAACGCUUACAGACUAAGAAAUGCAGGAGCUGUAAUUCACACCCAUUCAAAAUUUGCUGUAAUGGUGACACUUUUGUGGCCUGGAAAAGAAUUCCGUGUUACUCAUUUGGAAAUGAUAAAAGGUAUAAAGAAUCAAAAACUUGGUCGAGCCUUAAGGUACGAUGAAGAACUUGUAGUGCCUAUUAUUGAGAAUACUCCAUUUGAAAAAGAUUUGACAGAUUCUUUAGCUGAGGUGAUUCAUAAAUAUCCUGAGACUUGUGCUGUAUUGGUACGCAGACAUGGUGUCUAUGUUUGGGGCGAUACUUGGCAAGAAGCCAAAACAAUGACAGAAUGUUAUGAUUAUCUCUUUGACAUAGCCGUGCAAAUGAAGAAAUUCGGAAUUGAUCCACUUUCAACUCCAAGUGAUGAUAAAUAAUAAAAAGGCCAAAGAAAAAUUUUAAUAUAAAUAUAUGCAUGUGAUUGCAUAUAUAUAUGGUGAAUGUGAAAAUAUAUUUUUAAUAAUAGUGGAACCAUUACCUAUGUUUAUAAAAACAGAAAAUAGAAAAUGUAAUGGUCAUUACACAUCGAUAGUUUUCUAUAUUUCUAUAUUUUAUAUUUAAAUUUUAACUAUAAAUAAAAACAAAAAAAAUA